AUGCUUAACCACAAUGACUUUUUACACGCAAGAAUAAUUAGUGAAAAGAAUAGUGAGUUCAUGAUUGCAAUCAUCAUCACGUCACACAGUACUCCAGUACCUGAAGAACCUGUCAUGGCCAGUAGCCGCCACCAUUCAAAACAAAACGUGCAUCACACCCUCAUGCCCAUCUCCUUGCUUAAAAUCGAAAUUGCUUUAUACUCCUAUCAAAGACACGGUCUACGCUCAGAUAAGCCCACUAACUACCACCACCUUCCCAUCAAACAUCCAUCUCCGACUCGAAUGUCCAACAAGGAGCGAGCACGCCAGCCACACUCCAAAAGCCACCUAAUCUCCAUAGUCCGUAUAAGCCACACAUCACAGCCACAUAGUACCCCCAAAAGUAAUCCAGUCAUUAGAGGCAACAAAGCACACGCAUUCUGCCUAAAGCCCACACCCGCACUUGCACUACCAACCGGUGAGGAUUACCUUAUCCUGGAAAUAAAUGCCACGAAUACUACUUACUACUCACAGCCACACACCUGCAGUUAA